GGUAUGCUUUUUUCAUCCUAUUGAAAAAAAAGGCACUGUUUUUUUUUAUUUUCUUCCUUAACCAUGUUUAUUCGAGCUUUCAGUCAUUCUCUUAAUGGUGUAUCACGUCGUCAAUUGAACAAAGUAUCUUUAAUUUGUACAAGAUCCUUAUCAGUAACACGAUCCUUAUGUAAUACGGAAACCUCUGUAGAAAAUUUAGUACCACCUACUGAGAGCUUGAAAAGUACAACUAUUCGACGAACGAUUGCACCUGAACCUAUCACACCUUAUAACCUCAACAUUGCCAAAUUACUUGCUGCAGGACUCCAUUUGGGACAUUCAACUAGUUUAUGGGAACCAGCAACUCUACCUUUUAUAUUCGGUACUCGUGAAGGUAUCAGUAUUAUCAAUUUGGAACAUACUUUGGUGUAUCUUCGACGAGCUUGUAAUGUAGCUCGUGAAAUUUCCUUACGUGGAGGCUCCAUUUUAUUUGUGGGAACUCGACCUGGAUUUCAAGAUUUGACAAUUGAUGCAGCUCGUCAAUGUGAAGGUUAUCAUGUAUCUAGCAAGUGGAUUCCCGGUACAUUGACUAACGCUCACCAAGUAUUAGGUCGACAUGCUUCUCCAGAUCCAGAAGAUCCUGGCCGCCCUCCCAAAACAUACAAGCCUGAUCUAAUUGUGUUAUUGAAUCCUUUGGAAAAUAAAAUUGCCAUCUCUGAAGCUCAACUCAAUAAAAUCCCUGUUAUCGCCAUCACCGACACUGACUAUGAUCCUCGUCUCGUUACCUAUCCUAUUCCUGCCAAUGAUGAUUCCAUUCGUGGUGUAGAACUUAUUGCCAAGGUGAUCUCUAGUGCUGCCAAAGAUGGUGCUUUCCGGCGCAAACAACUUUUGGAUCAAAAGGAAAAGGAAUCAAAAUUCUCAAGAAAUAAUCAUCAUCAACGUCGUUAAUUAUAGAUUAGUGGAUAUUAGUUUUUUUUUUUUUUUUAUUGUAGUCAUUAUUGUACAGUUUAUCCAUAAAUAAAUAAAAAAGUUUCAUUUUUAGAUCUUAUGGACUCCGCUUCUUCCUUUCUUUUCUUUUUCGUCCCUUUUCACUUUUUUUUU